CCACUCGGUGAAGAUAAAAAAAACAAAACAAAAGGAAGUCGCCGUCUCGUUUCGCGCUCUCGAAUCGAAUCGAAUCUCCGACGAACCGAAAACAAGCUUCGGAUUCUCUUUGUUCUCUCUCUUCGGAGGUGGUGUCGGAGGUUAUGGCGGAUCCGGGACCGAAAUCGCCGUUGCUGACUGCGAACGCGGGGCGGAGGAGCUGGAGAUCGCUCCGCCGGAGGAACUCCGUCGACACGCUCAGGAGUGACUUCGUCGCGAAGCUGCCGGAGAAGAUCCGCUCCGGUCUCGACGUCGAAUCUGGCCCGUGCGACAUCGAUUUCACCAAGACCAAAGGCUUGAGCAAAGGGGAGAAGGAGUACUAUGAAAAGCAACUUGAGACCUUGAAGUCCUUUGAAGAAGUGGACACUGUGAUGAACUCUGAUGGUAUGGAUGACGAAAAUCUUGAAGAAGCAGCGCAGCAUGAAAGAGCAAUGAAGAUAUCGAACUAUGCCAAUAUCGUACUGCUGGCGUUUAAGAUCUAUGCCACAAUUAAGAGUGGAUCAAUAGCUAUUGCAGCAUCUACAUUGGAUUCUCUACUUGAUCUCAUGGCUGGCGGCAUACUUUGGUUCACACACCUGUCAAUGAAGAAGAUUAAUAUUUACAAAUAUCCCAUUGGAAAAGUGAGGGUGCAACCAGUAGGAAUAAUCAUCUUUGCAGCUAUCAUGGCUACUCUAGGCUUUCAGGUGCUGGUCCUAGCCGUAGAAGAGCUAGCCGAAGAUGAAGCUACUGACAAGAUGAAUGCAAGCCAAUUGGCAUGGCUAUACUCAAUCAUGUUAUCCGCUACUGUUGUAAAACUUGCUCUCUGGAUUUACUGCAGAAACUCACCGAAUGAGAUUGUCCGUGCCUAUGCGAAGGAUCACUAUUUUGAUGUGAUAACAAAUGUAGUAGGUCUCGCAGCGGCAGUUCUUGGUGAUAAAUUCUACUGGUGGAUUGACCCAGCUGGUGCUAUUUUGCUUGCACUUUACACCAUUACCAAUUGGUCUGGAACAGUCAUGGAAAAUGCAGUUUCACUCGUAGGACAGUCAGCGCCUCCAGAAUUUUUGCAGAAACUAACUUAUUUGGUGAUAAGACAUCCUCAAGUCAAGCGGAUUGACACUGUCCGUGCUUACACCUUCGGUGUGCUUUAUUUUGUGGAGGUCGACAUCGAACUCCCGGAGGAGCUGCCUUUGAAGGAGGCCCACGAGAUAGGGGAGACCCUCCAGAUAAAGCUUGAGAAGCUCCCGGAAGUUGAGCGGGCAUUCGUUCAUCUCGAUUUCGAAUGCGAACAUAAACCAGAGCACAACGUUGUGAGCCGGCUUCCGAACAACUAGGGACCGAUACGCUCUCGAAUCUGGGCUACGACGACGAAGCCGUUGCAAAUGGAAGAUGAGAUUUUUCUUCUCCAUCAAGGAGGUACUCGUCGACAAACUCGUUUUCUUGGUGAGGAAUGGAAAUUUUGUGGAGACAGGAGACUGGAUGUUGUAUCCUGCACCUGAGUCUUUUCCCCGGCAUCCUAACUUUGCCGGACAAUUCUACUGUUUCAUUUUAAGAAGACCGCUCUUUUUUUU